AUGAGUGAAUCCACAUUGCUUCAGGCGGGAACAGAGUCAGGUGUUGACCAUGACCUUUCCAGGAACUUCAGCGACGGCAUGCAUACAAGCAGCAGCGUUUGGAGCAUCAGUGGCAGUGGUCCAUGGUUACUGGCAGUCAUGUUAUCCCUUAUAAUUUUGUUGACAGCUUGUGGAAACAUUUUGUUAAUUGCCUUAGUGUUUGCCCACCGUUCUUUGCGGUGCACCUCCAACUGUUUCCUCGUGUCACUUUUCCUGUCGGACUUGAUGGUGGCUCUGGUGGUGAUGCCGCCAGCCAUGCUGAACGUGCUGUGUGGUACCUGGGUUCUGUCACCUGGGUUCUGUCCGGUGUGGCUCUGCUUCGACGUGAUGUGCUGCAGCGCUUCUAUUCUCAACUUGUGUGUCAUCAGUUUAGACCGCUAUCUCCUCAUUAUCUCCCCCUUGCGCUAUAAGCAACGUAUGACCCCGCCCCGUGCCUUGCUGCUCGUGGGUGGGGCUUGGGGACUUGCUGCUCUCACCUCCUUCCUGCCAAUUGAGAUGGACUGGCACAGCUUGGGCCGUGGGCAAGAUGGUUCUGUAAUGCACGGUACAGAAAAUAUGACCAUUCCAGGAAUGAACUCUAACUACCCUUUUUCCUACUUCCAUCUCUCUACCUCCGGGCCCCUGUCCAUGCAGUGCCGACUACGGGUUACUCUCCCUUUUGCCCUGGUGGCCACCUGCCUUACUUUCUUCCUACCGUCCACCGCAAUCUGUUUCACCUACUGCCGAAUCUUGCUGGCUGCCAGGAGACAGGCACGGCAGGUAGAGGCUCUCACUCACCCUCCCUAUCCACAUCACUCACCUGGAGAACCAUGCCAUCCUCCUUCACCUGGACAGGCAGCUCCCGAUGGAGACGACUACAGUCACCAGGAUCCGCCUGUGUCACGCCAUGCUCCGCUGUCAGUGAACAGUGAACGGCGGCUAGCUCACAGACAAGGCAAGAGGGCACUAAAGGCCAGUCUGACGCUGGGUGUUUUGCUAGGUCUCUUCUUCAGUGCCUGGCUUCCAUUCUUCAUCACAAACAUGGCACAGGCAGUUUGUGAGUGUGUCCCUGCCUCUCUCUUCGAUGCCAUCACUUGGCUGGGUUACUGCAACAGCACGAUGAACCCAAUCAUAUACCCGCUCUUUAUGCGGGACUUCAAACGGGCUCUAGGGCGACUCUUACCCUGCUGCUCCUCCUCUCACUCCCCUCGUCGGCCGUCCCCGCCUCUCUCCCUCUCCCUCCGCAAUUCCGGAGAGCCUCAGUUGCCCUCAGAACCUCCUUCUCUCGUCUCGGACCCACCUCAGCCUCCUGCUACGGCCACGGACGCCGUGAACCUUCUUGAUGCUGAACAUGCCAGAAUCGAACUCCCAUUACUCCUGCCUAACCAGGUAGAUACACUGGACUGA